GUCGCGCGCUUACCGCCAUACUUAUAAGUAUAAUGCACUUCCAGCGCCAAAGCUGCUGUUGAUUAUCCUCUGGUUUAUCCAAUUUCUCAAGUUUACUGAUUCGCACGCUGCUCGAUGUGGUUGCAGAAUGAAAUUCACCGGCUAUUCGCAAACAUGCGCUGGGUUCUUUAAUCUGGUGCGUUGGCUUCCCGGUGAUCGAUUGAGGAUUGCGAGUCGUGUCUGAGAAUGCCGAGGAUUCGGGGGAAUCUUUUGUAGUUUGUAGGAGCUUUGUAGAGAGCGAUUAGAGCAGCGAAAAUGGGCAACGAGUCGCAGAUCGUCAAUAUUCUCAAUGAUAUUCUCAAAGUUGAAGCCAUAGAGGAGGCCUUCAGUUGCAUUAUUGUUCACAAUACCAACAACGAGAAGGCCAAGAUCACAGGAUGGCAGACCGAAAUGACCAAUGCCAUGAUGGGGCUGACAACCGAGCAACAGGAAAAUGCCAUUCGCAAAUUUCUCUACACAUCAGCAGAGAUCACAAAUUACAGGCGAAUGCAUCUCAUUCUUACAUUGCUGGAGAAACUAGUUUCUAACAAUGUUCUGCCUGCUAGACUUGUGUGCGAGUGUAUUCUCAGCUGUGACAAGCUAAAAUAUCAAAAUGAAGAGUUUUGGAUAAAAUGUUUUACACUUGUUCGUCAUAUCAUUGGUGGAGUGGACUACAAGGGAGUCAGGGAUGUCUUGAAAGCCUGUAGAGAGAAAGCUCAUUCAUUACCUACAAGACUAGAUGCUUCGGUGCAACCUCAAAUGAAAGCCUUAGAAAAUCUUGUAGAAUAUAUUUUUGACAGAAAUGCGUGUUUGAUACCCAGUUAUUUGAUCAUCGACGAGCUUGAGAAGAACGCGGAGAACAAAAUUUGGCCACAUUGGCUAGCCAAGUUGAUAUCAAAUUUUGUAACCAGUUUUCGCAAUGUCGUUCAAAUAGUUUCAAUUAUUGGACAUUCCAAAAUGUUACCAGUAGUUGAACAUACAGGAUACGGUGAUCAUUCAGUUACUCCGUGGGUCUUGGACAGAAACACAUUACAGUUUACACUAAAAGGAAAUCUUCCAUAUGAUCCAGAACUAUUGAAACCACAAACUGAUCUUUUGAGAUAUGUUUUGGAGCAACCGUAUAGCAGAGAUAUGGUGUGCUCUAUGUUAGGGUUACAGAAUAAGCAAAAUACAAGAUGUGCAGCUUUAGAAGAGCAACUGGUAGACCUUGUGAUACGAACUAUGGAAAAAUCUGAAAAUGAACCUACUCCUGUAGAAGGUGUAGAUGGUGUGACAACAAAUCAUUGGCCUUGGCUUCAUCUUUCCUCACAGAUUAUUUGUCACGUUCUUUCUCAGUUUGCUAGUUUUCCUAGUUUUGUGACAGCAAUUCAUGAGAAGCUUGCAGGUCGGGAGUGGAAAAAAUCAAGGGACCACCUUAUGUGGGUUCUGCUGCAAUUCAUUUCUGGAAGCAUACAACGUAAACCUAUUGCUGUAUUUUUCCCAAUAUUUAAACUGUACGACCUGCUGUAUCCAGAAAAGGAUCCACUACCUGUUCCAGAUCUGACACAAUCGAUUUGCGCUCAUCAAAUGGCUUGUGUAUCCAUUUGGCUACAUCUUGUAAAAAAAAUUCACCCAGACCAUACCAAUUUUCAUAAACUGAUACCCUAUAAUUUAAAAACACAUCACGAAUUUCUCCAACAUAUGGCUGUGCAAAAUACUCCCUUGUCAAUGGGAUCGGACUAUAAAAUAGCGUUGCUUUGCAACGCUUAUUCAACGUCUAAUGAAUUAUUCAGUAGACCAAUGAGCGUUCUUGUUGAGUCAGUUUUAGGUACUCAAAAGAAUCAGCAACAACAACCUUUGCAGAAUUUACAAAAUAACUCGGCAUUGUCCAACAGUCCGACAGCUCCAUUGCCUAUGUCCAUUUUAGACUCAUUAACGGUUCAUGUCAAGAUGAGCCUAAUACACAGUAUUCUUACUCAUGUGGCAAAAUCAGCUUCGACAAAAAGCAAUUUACCACUUCCGCCAGCGCUCGUUGAAACUUACAGUAGAUUAUUAGUGUAUACAGAAAUUGAAAAUAUUGGUAUUAAAAAAUUUAUAAGUCAUUUAUUACCAACAGUUUUUAAAGCUCACGCGUGGGGCAUACUUUACACACUUUUGGAUAUGUUCAGUUAUAGAAUGCAUCAUAUCCAGCCAACUUACAGAGUACAAAUUUUGAGCCAUCUUCACAGUCUUGCUUCUGUUCCACAAACUAAUCAAACUCAGUUGCAUCUCUGUGUUGAAAGCACUGCCUUACGUUUAAUCACAGGUCUUGGCUCUGCAGAAGUUCAGCCUCACUUGUCAAAGUUUUUGUCAGAACCAAAGACACUAGUUUCUGCUGAUUCAGAAGAGCUUAACAGGGCACUAGUACUAACUAUUGCCAGGUCAAUGCAUAUUACAGGAACUGGAGGAGAUACUAAUAGAGAUGUUAAUAGCAUAUGGUGUAAAGAUUUACUCAACACAAUCAUGCAAAAUACACCUCAUUCAUGGGCUGAGCAUACAUUGAGAUGUUUUCCUCCAGCUUUAAGUGAAUUUUUCCAGCAAAACAGUAUUCCAAAAGAAGAAAAGCAACAAAUUAAAAAAGCUGUUGAAGAAGAGUAUCGAAAUUGGGCUUCUAUGAGCAACGAAAACGACAUAAUCGCCCACUUUUCCGUCCCUAAUUCUGCUCCUCUGUUUCUCUGUCUUAUAUGGAAAAUGAUCCUUGAAACCGAUCGUGUUAAUCCAAUAGUAUACAAAAUUUUAGAAAGAAUCGGGGCCAGAGCUUUAUCAGCUCAUGUCAGAAAAUUCUGUGAUUACAUUGUUUUCGAAGUUUCAAGCACUGCUGCUGAUGGGAUAUAUGUUAACAAGAGCGUUGAUGCUAUCAACCACAUGAUUUGGAAAUAUAAUAUUGUUACAUUUGAUAGAUUGGUAUUAUGUCUAGCGUUGAGAACUCUAGAGGGUAACGAGGCCCAAGUUUGUUUCUUCAUUAUUCAAUUGUUAUUGCUAAAAGCCACCGAGUUCCGCAACCGGGUUGUCGAGUUUGUUAAAGAGAAUUCGCCGGAUCAUUGGAAGCAGUCGAACUGGCACGAAAAGCACUUGGCCUUUCACAAAAAAUUUCCGGAGAAGUUCGCUCCAGAGGGAAUGAUGGAUCAAUCUUCCGGCAGUCCGAAUCAGUAUCAAAGCUUUCCGGCUUAUUUCGGAAACGUUUGUUUGAGAUUUUUACCCGUCCUUGAUAUAGUUAUGCAUCGUUAUCUCGAAGUACCCCAGGUCACAAAAAGCUUAGAAGUCCUUCUCGAUCAUUUAGGCUGCUUGUACAGAUUUCAUGAUAGGCCAGUUACGUAUUUGUAUAAUACUUUGCACUAUUACGAAAGGAAAUUAAGGGACCAGCAUUUUCUCAAACGACGUCUCGUAACAGCAAUAUUGGGCUCGUUAAAAGAAAUUAGAGCUCCUGGAUGGGCUUUGUCUGAAGCUUACCAAAGAUACACCGCUCGUUCGACUGAUGAUGUUAAAUGGCAGCCAGAAUUGGAUUAUUACGUUCGUUUGGUUCAGAGACUCGUUGAAACAAUAUCUGGAAGAGCCCAAUUUCCAUCGACUGACUGGAGAUUCAAUGAAUUUCCAAAUCCAACCGCCCACACUUUGUAUGUUACGUGUGUCGAGCUAAUGGCACUGCCUGUUGCUCCAAAUGUAGUCGCAAAUAAUUUACUUGACGUCGUAGCUAAAGGGUAUACAAUUAUUCCGUCAGAUGAAAUUCACGUAUGGAUCAAUUGCAUCGGAAUAAUAAUGACAGCAUUACCAGAAUGUUAUUGGUCGACAUUGCACGAUCGCUUGGUUGAAACAAUUACGAGCCCGGGAUUAACUAGCUGGCAAUACGAUAAUUUAUCUCCGUUCCAGUUGUUCAAUUUUAAUUUGACUCACAACAGUUUCUUAGAAAAUAAGUACAGUUAUAUGUUGGCUUUGGCUCACUCAAUCUGGCAUCACGCUGGAGUUGGCCAAAUCACAGCAAUGACUCGGUUUGUUAAAGAACGAAUACAACCCGUCGUUAAUAACGAAGAACAAUUGAUCUUCGUCUGCCACUUGAUUGGGCCAACAUUGACACGUAUGAACAUUGAAAGGCCUCGAUGUGUCAAUGAUCUUACAGAAAUUCUGUAUGAAAUGUUGGAACAAGUUAAUCGCUUGCAAACUCAUCUCAAGCAAAUGGAUCCAGUUUGCGAUUUAUUUUAUCACAUAAAAUACAUGUUCGUUGGCGACGCUAUGAAGAACAAUGUUGACGGCAUAAUACGAAGACUGCGACCAGCUCUGCAGAUGAGGCUCCGUUUUAUUGCCCAUCUGAGCAUCGAUAACAUACCGUGUUCUUGAGGCUCAAGUCCUGGCUGCGCAAUCGGCCCUGCUAGUAAUCAUACGGCAGCUAACGCAACGAAGGUACAAAUAGAAGCCGGCAGCGCAUAAAUUUGAUAGCAUAUUUUGUACGUUUAUCCGCAACUAACGAGCCAUUAUCAGAGAGAAAUUUCUGCAAAUUUGUUUGCAAAUAAUCAAGUAAGCACGGUCUUGCUUAAAUUUACAUUUUUUGUGUUUUUUAAUAUAAAAGCUUGCAAGAAAUCAAUUGAAUUAUAUUCAAGCUAUUACCGAUUUAUAUACUGAAUCAAUUAUUCUAUUUGAUCGAAUCACAUAGAUUUUUCUUUUCGCUUUGAUCUGAUACGUUAAUAAGUCAUGUUGAUAACGUCAAUCUAUAUUAUUGCCAACGAGUGGGUUACUCUGAUAAUGACUCAAACACGUAUGGUAAGCACUGAUUUGACCGAUUUUAAAAAAAAAUAUCGGUGCAAAUAAAUAGGACAAAGUAAUUAAAUUAGGUUGUAAGAGACAAUAUUAUGGAUUUUAUUAUGCUAUAUUUACAUGUGACUUAAAACCGUAUAUAUGACAAAUUUAUAUACGUUGUUUGUGGCAAUUUAGAAUGUUUUUAAUGAGUUUUUCAAGUGUCAAUUUCUUGAAUUAUGUAAAUAUGUAUUGUUUCAAGAAGACAGUGUGAAUAACAAGUUUUCUUAAAAAAGAGA